AUGCAAUCCAUCGAUUCAUUGAGAGAAUUAAAUUCCAAGCUCUUAGCUGAGAUUUCUGAGCUUAUGAAGGUGAAUGCUGAGCUUAAGGACAAGAAUGCUGAGAUCCCUGAUCUUAAAAGGAAGUUUGCUGAGAUUGAGUCUGAGAAAGUUGAGCUUAAGGCCAGGAUUGCCGAGAUUCUAAGACAGGCUGUGGAAGAGAAUCAGUUAUCCAUGGCAACACAUCAUGAGAAACCGUUAGUGGAUAAGAAAAUGGAUACUUCAUUACCUGAAGAACUGAUUCCAGAGGUGAUUGCAAAGCAAUCGGUAUCAGCUGUUAACAUAUCUGUUAUGGACCAAUGUGAUCAGACAACCUUAGAAGAUAAAGAAACAAAUGCUUUCUUGGAUGAAGUACGUAAGAAAAAGAUUAGUGAUGAGAUUAGACAACGCAAUAGGAAGAAGAAACUUCAAGCCUAA